AUGCAGUACCUGGAUUCGGAGGAGCCCCUGGCUGACGAAGAGGAUGAUGUUUUUAGUGAAGGACUCCCGGCCACGCUCCCGGACAUGAUGUCGGUGGGGUCACAGUCCUUCUCGCCCGGAGGGCCCAAUGGGAUCAUCCGGAGCCAGUCGUUCGCGGGCUUCAGCGGCCUGCAGGAGAGGCGCUCCAGGUGUAACUCGUUCAUUGAGAAUCCCGUGGCUCUCAAGAAGCCUCAGGCCAAACUGAAGAAGAUGCACAACUUAGGACACAAGAACAGCAGCCCUCCCAAAGAGCCUCAGCCCAAGAGGGUGGAAGAGGUCUACCGGGCCUUGAAGAACGGACUGGAUGAGUACCUGGAGCUUCACCAGACAGAGCUGGACAAGCUGACAGCGCAGUUAAAAGAUAUGAAGAGGAACUCACGCCUGGGUGUGCUAUAUGAACUAGACAAGCAAAUCAAAACCAUCGAAAGGUACAUGAGGCGCCUGGAGUUCCACAUCAGUAAGGUAGAUGAACUCUACGAAGCUUACUGCAUCCAAAGGCGCCUCCAGGACGGUGCCAGCAAGAUGAAGCAAGCCUUCGCGUCCUCGCCCGCCAGCAAGGCUGCCCGCGGGAGUCUGUCGGAGAUCAGCCGGAGCUACAAGGAGUACACGGAGAACAUGUGCACCAUCGAGGCCGAGCUGGAGAGCCUGCUGGGGGAGUUCUCCAUCAAGAUGAAAGGUCUGGCUGGUUUUGCUCGCCUCUGCCCGGGGGAUCAGUAUGAAAUCUUCAUGAAGUACGGCCGGCAGCGGUGGAAGCUGAAGGGGAAGAUGGAGGUGAACGGCCGGCAGAGCUGGGACGGAGAGGAGAUGGUCUUCCUGCCCCUCAUCGCCGGAUUCAUCUCCAUCAAGGUCACCGAGCUCAAGGGGCUGGCCUCUCACCUCCUGGUGGGCAGCGUGACCUGCGAGACCAAAGAGCUGUUCGCGGCCCGGCCCCAGGUGGUGGCGGUGGACAUCAAUGACCUCGGCACUGUCAAGCUGAACCUGGAGAUCGCCUGGUACCCAUUUGACGUGGAGGAAAUGACGCCCACCUCUGGGGGCGGGAGCAAGGCGGCCGCCCUGCAGAGGAGAAUGUCCAUGUACAGCCAGGGCACCCCAGAAACACCCACCUUCAAGGAUCACUCUUUCUUCUCGAAUCUACCUGAUGACAUCUUCGAGAAUGGGAAGGCGCCCGAGGAGGCCGUGCCCCUCUCCCUCAGCUUCAGGGACCUCCCCAACGGGACCUGCACCCCCUGCACCUCGGCCGAGUCCCCGUCCAGCACGUGCUCCACCAACCCAGAGAUCACCAUCACCCCCGCCGAGCUGCCCCUCUCGCGCCAGGCCUCCCAGAGGGACGAGACCAGCUCCGCGUCUUCCAGCAGCAUCUCGGGAGAAGGCCCCGAGCCCAGACCCCCGCUGCAGGGAGACCCCCGCGCCCCCGCGGAGGCCCUGUUUCUCGAGAAGGAGGUCGCCGAGGCCCUUCUGCACGAGUCCGACGAGGCGUCGGAGCUGAAGCCCGUGGAGCUGGACCCUCUGGAGGGCAACAUCACCAAGCAGCUGGUGAAGCGGCUCACGUCGGCCGAGGUGCCGGCCGUCACCGAGAAGCUGUUCUUCGACGGCUCGGUCAGCGGAGAGUCGGAGGGCUGCCGGUCCUUCCUGGAUGGGAGCCUGGAGGAUGCCUUCAACGGCCUCUUCCUCGCCUUGGAACCCCAUAAGGAGCAGUAUAAGGAGUUUCAGGAGCUGAACCAGGAAGUCAUGCAUCUGGACGAUAUCCUCAAAUGCAAGCCCGCGGGGAGCCCCAGCAGGUCCUCCAGCCUGAGCCUCACGGUGGAAAGUGCUCUAGAAAGCUUCGACUUCCUGAACACCUCGGACUUUGACGAGGAAGAGGAGGAUGGCGAGGAAGUGUGUCACGGGGGCGUCGGGGCAGACUCCGUGUUCUCAGACACAGAGACGGAGAAGAGCAGCUACCGCUCCAUGCACCCAGAAGCCCGCGGCCACCUCAGCGAAGCGCUGACCGAGGACACGGGCGUGGGCACGAGCGUGGCCGGAAGCCCCCUGCCGCUGACCUCGGGCAAUGAGAGCCUGGACCUCACCAUCGUCAGACACCUGCAGGCCUGCACCCAGCUCGUCCAGCAAAUCGUUUUCUCGAGCAAAACCCCCUUUGUGGCGAGGAACCUCCUAGAGAAGCUUUCGCGGGAGAUCCAGGUGAUGGAGAAGCUCGCGGCCAUCAGCGAUGAGCACGUCGGCAACGUCAGCUCGGUCAUCGAAGCCAUCCCAGAGUUUCACAAGAAACUGUCGCUGCUGGCCUUCUGGACCAAGUGCUGCAGCCCGGUGGGGGUGUACCACAGCUCGGCCGAGCGCGUCAUCAGGCAGCUGGAAACCAGCUUCGCCCGGACUGUCAACAGGGAGUACCCAGGCCUCGCGGAGCCAGUGUUUCGGACCCUGGUGGCCCAAAUCCUGGACCGGGCGGAGCCUCUCCUCUCCUGCAGCCUCUGCUCGGAGGUCAUCACUGUGUUCCAGUAUUACGGCUACUUCACCAGCCACGGGGUCAGCGACCUGGAGAGUCACCUGAGCCAGCUGGCCAAGCAAGUUUCCAUGGUGCAGACCCUGCAGUCGCUAAGAGAUGAGAAGCUUCUGCAGGCCAUGAGUGACCUGGCUCCCAGCAGCCUCCCGGCCCCGCAGGAAGUGCUCAGGACGCUGGCCCUGCUGUUGACCGGGGACAACAGCGAAGUGUGUGAGGCUGUGAGGCUGCACUUGGCCGCGGCUUCCAGAAACAAGCAUUUCAGGGAAAAGGCCUUGCUCUACUACUGUGAGGCGCUGACAAAGACGAACCUGCAGCUCCAGAAGGCGGCGUGCCUGGCCUUGAAGAGCCUGGAGGCUACCGAGAGCAUUAAAAUGCUGGUGACUUUGUGUCAGUCCGAUACUGAAGAGAUCCGCAAUGUGGCCUCGGAAACCCUGCUGUCUCUUGGAGAAGACGGGCGGCUGGCCUACGAACAGCUGGACAAGUUUCCUCGAGUCUGUGCUACAGCGGGAGGUCGACCUGGAGCGGAAGUGGCCACAGCCUUCUGAGGAACAAGUGGACACUGCCUGACAGCUGCCCGUCAGUGGCCCUGACAUCCAGAUGGUUCUGUGGUUUCCUCGGAAUGUGUUGGACACUUGUAGAGUCCUCUUGAGGUUGUCUGGAAAUUGAACCCGCUGAGGACAGAAUCAAAGUCCAGGUGACGGUACGCACCUGCGGGCCCCUUUGGCCAACAGACUGGGGCUAGGUAGAAUUCUAUAGAGUCCCUCAUUGGUUGCGUCUGACAAUACUUAGUGAAAAAACAAAAACCACCUUACCUAGUAUGUAUGGGAUUUUCAAAGUAGCCAUCUUUGUACUUUUUUGGACGUUCUUCUAUCAGCUUGAAAUAAUCACGUGAUACUUUGAUAAAUAUCAAAUGCCUUGCAGUUUUUCUCUGUCGUGUUUCUCAGGGUUGAAUGCUCCCCCACGCCACACCCUCGACGGCGACCUAAUUUUAACCUUAAAUGUGAAGCACAAGAAAAAGAGUAUCUUCGAGUAAAGCUUUGCCUGCAGAACUUGGGGAAAUGACACUUAGGAGGACUUGACAUUUUCUUCAGUUUUUUUUUUUAUCCAAGCCUUUUGUUACUGGUUUUGUUUUUUCGAUCCUGAAAAUUCCAAAAUCAGUUGUUUUCAUUACAGUGGGGGGAAAAAAGGGAGAGAGAAAGAAAAGAAAAGCUAGGUUCAUGACAAAGAACUACAUAUACUGAUUUUUCCCCAUACUCAUUUUUUUAAAAGACACUCAAAGUUUCAGGGUUAUUUGUUCGCUUUAAUACAAAAGCAAGAGCCUUUUUUAAGUAACGUUUUUACAGUAGAGGCAUUUUGCCUCUGACAAAUCAGAACCAAAAGAGGUGGAAUUUGAAAGUUGUGAUGAUGCUCACUGAAGUGGAAGACCAGGGAAGCGACGGUGCUGAUGGAGGGAAGCAGAGAGGAUAUUAAAGUGACCCUAUGAGGGGCUGGAGAGAUAGCAUAGCGGGUAGGGCGUUUGCCUUGCAUGCGACAGACCCAGGUUCGAUUCCCAAUAACAUCCCAUAUGGUCCUCCAAGCACCGCCAGGAGUAAUUCCUGAGUGAAAAGCCAGGAGUAACCCCUGAGCAUUGCCAGAUGUGACCCAAAAAGCAAAAAAAAAAAAAAAAAAAAAAAAAAAAGGAUUAAAGUGACCAUAUGAGCUGGAGGAGACCCAGGGCAAGGCUUGAAGGCUCGAGGCACUCGCCUUGUAUGUACCAACCCCAAUUUGAUCCCCAGCACUGCAUAUGGUCCUUGAGCACUGUCAGGAGUAAUUCCUAAGCACCAUCAGGUAUGAUCUCCCCCCACACACACAAAAAAAAAAACCCUAAAUAUAAAUUAAAUGGACCUUGCCUUGGUGAAAAUUGCAGUGAGGUGGAAAAGAAUGCCCCAGGAGAGGGUGACUGCCUAGAGAAAUUAUCCAUCACUAGAACGGUGGAUCCUCGGCCAAAUAACUAGAUCAACAGUUAGUCCAACGGUUACUGUGUCAGUCUCUGGAUAGCAUGUGGCUAAUAUAAAAUGCAAGACCCCUCAGUAACUCUUAUCAAAUAAUUCCUCUUCCUCUUUAGAGUACGCAAGGUGGGACAUGCCAAGAUAUCCUAAUAAUAUGUGUGAGUGUAACUUAAAUUGUGGAAUAUCAAUUGUACUCUGGACGUGUUCGUAUGAAAUUUUAUUUAGAUGUCAUUUGAAAUAUUCACCAUUUAGCAAGACGUUUAAAAAGAACCCAUUUCAUUUUAUAGUAAAAGGCGUUUGCCAGGAAGCCUGGCAAAGCGUUCUUUCAACUGUGAAGUUACAAUGUGUAUAUAUGUUUGUAUAUUUAUAAAUAUUAUACAUAUACAUAUAUCCUCCAUUUUCAGGUACAGUGUACAGUCUAGAGUUAGUAUCUAUAGUCUACAAUUUAUGUCCAAUGGUCAAAAUUAUUCUUUUUCUUUUGACUUUUAUUAAGAAACCGUGAUGAAAUGAUUCUUUUUAUAGAAAGUCAAAUCACAGAUGGUACAGAUCUUUCUGUCUGGUUUGUGUAUUUUUUAUUUUUUGAAUAUUGCAUGAGUAAGUCACUCCAUAUCUUUUGUAUUCACUUCUGCAUUACAUUUUUUCGUUGAUGGGGAGAGUACUUCUAGUUCCGUGGAAUUUGUAUUCAUCGCCUUCAAUCAUGUAAGUUAUAAUAAAAAUUAUUUUUGAAUUACUAGUCUCCUA